AUGAGCAGCAGAGUCUUCUCUAAAUCAGUUACAGCCCCUCCAUAUCUUCUCCUACUACAAAGAUGUUCAAGCUUGAACGAACUUAAGCAAAUCCAUGCCCAAAUAGUCACCACCGGUCUUGCUCGUUUCACCUUCAUUGCCAGCAAGCUCUUAGCCUUCUCUGCACUAUCAGAAUAUGGCAAUCUGCACUACGCUGAGACACUAUUAUACCAAAUCACCAGACCCAACAUCUUUGAUUGCAAUUCCAUGAUUACGGGUUUCUUGAAAUGCUCAGAAUCUGAAAAGGGUCUCUCCAUUUACACCAAAAUGCGAAGGAUGGGCACUGAGCCAAAUGCUCGUACUUUCACUUUUUUAGCUAAAGCAUGUGUUGAUGUAUCUUCGCUUGGUCAGCUACAUGGUCAGAUAAUGAAGUUUGGACACGGUUGUGAUGUUUAUGUUAUUAGCUCACUUAUUAGUAUGUACUGCAAAUGUGAAGCUGUGGAAUUUGCUCGUAGAGUGUUUGAGGAAAGUUUGGAUAAGAAUGUGGCUUGUUGGACUAGCCUUAUUAGUGGUUAUUGUAGUAAUGGGUUGGUUCAUGAGGCUCGCGAUUUGUUUGAUGCAAUGCCAGAGAGAAACGAUGUUUCUUAUAGCGCAAUGGUUUCUGGGUAUGUUUGGAAUGCUUGUUUCAAUGAAGCUAUUGACCUGUUUCGUGAAUCGAAGAGUCAUGUCAAGCCCAAAGAGUCUCUUUUGGUCAGUGUUCUUAAUGCUUGCGCGUCCAUGGGCGCAUUGGAAGAAGGGAAAUGGAUUAAUUUGUUUUUGAAUGAAAAUGGUAUCGAGUAUGGACUUGAGCUCGGUACUGCACUAAUAGAUUUUUAUGCAAAAUGUGGAUGCAUUGAAGAUGCACAAGAAGUGUUCAGUGUGAUGCCUAGUAAAGAUGUGACUACUUGGAGUGCUAUGAUCAUGGGAUUUGCUAUCAAUGGUGAGAAUGAUAUGGGGCUUGCACUUUUUGCAGAAAUGGAAAAGAAGGGACCUAAACCAAAUGCUGUGACAUUUGUUGGAGUUCUCACUGCAUGCAAUCACAAAACUCUGGUAAAUGAAGCAUGGCGCUUGUUGGGACGCAUGAGUAAAGUUUAUGGUAUUGCUCCAGGGAUUGAGCACUAUGGGUGCAUGGUUGAUCUCUUGGCACGCGCCGGACAAGUGAAGGAUGCAGAAAUAUUGAUAAGAAGUAUGGCAAUGAAACCGGACGGAGGGAUAUGGGGGUCUUUGCUUAAUGGCUGUCUGAUUCAUGGCCAUGGUGAGUUAGGGGAUAGGGUGGGGAAGCUUCUGAUUGAGUUAGAACCUCAACAUAGUGGAAGGUAUGUUCUUCUGGCCAACAUGUAUGCCGAAAUGGGAAACUGGGAGGAUGCGACGAGGAUCAGGAAAAUGAUGAAGGAUAGAGAAGUAGUUACAACUUCUGCUUGGAGCUUCAUCGAGAUUGAUGGUGUUGUCCAUAAAUUUGUAGCUGACGAUAAGUCUCAUUCUCAUUCCAGAAAGAUAUACAGAACUUUAAACCAACUCAGAAGGGAUCUUGAAGGCUUUUCAAUUGGUAAUGAUGCAUCGUUGCUUUAA